ACAGUCCAGUGCAAAUGAAUACCAUAGAGAUCCCUGUGAAGUUAUAGGCUGGUAUCUUAUGGGUGGUUGAUUCACUGUGACUUGUUCAGUGUGAUUUUCCACAGCUCUGUGUUUCUUGUCAAAAUGGCGAAAUUGAUCACUGUAUUUGGGGCCACGGGAAUACAAGGAGGUUCUCUGGUUAGGGCACUUCUUCAGGACGGCAGCUAUAAAGUUCGAGGAAUCACUAGAAAUGUGGAGAGCGAAAAGGCAAAAACUCUUGCUCAACAAGGUGUCGAAAUGGUGAAAGCCUCAAUGGAUGAUGCCGCUUCUUUAGAGAAAGCCAUGGAGGGGAGCUACGGUGUCUUUGCUGUGACAAAUUACUGGGAAUUGAUGGACCAAGCAAAAGAAACUGAGAUGGGUAAAAACAUGGUCGACGUUGCCAGGAAAGUAGGCGUGAAGCAUUUUGUCUUUAGUGGCCUACAGUCAGUCAAGAAGGCCAUUGGGAAGCCAUGUCCUCACUUAGAAGGAAAAGCGGAAGUAGAAGAAUACAUGUUUGCAUCAGGUCUACCUGCUUCUUCAGUUCGCUAUGCCAUGUACAUGGAUAAUAUCUGGGCUGCACUGACCCCACAAAAAGUCGCGGAUGGCGAGUUUGUUUGGAAUGUUCCCAUGGAAAACAAGGCAGUAGACAUGAUAUAUGCCGGUGAGGCUGGACGUGCAGUAGCGGCUAUCUUUAAGAAUCCUGAUCAGUAUAUCGGUAAAAGUGUUGGAUUAUCAGGCGACAGAAAGACCAUGUCACAAUACUGUGAUAUUCUCAAUGCUAUUCUUGAAGCAGAAUCUGUUCACGUUUCGCCAACCCAGAUGACGGCAAAAGAGUUUUCCCAGAUGCCAUUCCCCGCAGCGGACGAUUUGGGCGUCAUGUUUGAAUUUUUUCAAACCGAACAUCCAUGUUACAGCAGGGAGGAGACAAAGAGACUUGAUUCAAAGACCUUCGACUUCCAAGCUUUUGUAAAAGACAACAAGGAAAAAAUAUUGGCAGUAUUGAAAUAAAAUAAAACUUGUUUAUGUGUGUGUUAUUUAUUUGUUUUAUUCGGUUUAUGGGUGUAUAAGUUUAUCAUACUAACCUUCAUAUUAUACUAUAUUUUUAGAAUAUUCGUUGUACGUAUUGUACAUUCCAAGGUACGUGAUUAUAGAUUCGUGUCAGACAAGGGGGCUUGGGGCACUUGCCCACCCCCAAAAAAAUCUAUUCAUAAAUUUGAUUUUUGUAGUAAAAAAAUGUCGUAAUUUUUGCCCGAUACGCCAUAUCUGGCCCCCUCAAAAUGUUUGGGUCAUUAUGCCACUGUUAAGUAAUAUACUAGAUGGUUAUUUCCGGAGUUUAUUUCCUAGAAUUAGAUAUUUAGUAAGCGCUUCCCAAUUCAAAUUCGACUUCAUUUCAAAACAGAAAAUAUAGUAAAAUUUGAUUCCAUAAAUCAAUACAUAUAUUCAAUGAUAUAUAUGAUUUUUAACUUUUCAAGAAAUUUGAUGUAACUUAGAAUAUUUUUUGUAGUCAAUUUUGUUAUACAAAGGAUAAAUAAAAAUAAAUACUAACUGUAGAAAUAUGUGUGUGUGGGUGGGGGUUCAUUCCAAACUUUGCUUGUGUAAUGUGAACCCACCUCACCCCAAUAGCCUACGAAGAUUUAUCGAUAUUUAUAGAACAAGAACAAAUG